CCAGACCUGUCGUUUUCUCACGCAUAGAUGCAUUGUUAGUUAUACCCAAAAUUCGUCUCCCACUAUUUUUGACUUCCUCAUUGUGAUUUUGAAAUUCCUCUUGAGAUUGCCUAUUUACUUUUACUUCUUUAAAACUAAAAAAAGAUCACUCAGUAGGAAUUAGGAUUUUCCGGUGUUUUAUUGUAGAAUCGAUAAAAAGUUGUGCAUUGUGCCUUAACCUCACUUACCGAUUUAUCUACGUUAAAUCAAUUUUUGUUGAUUUUAAUCUGUUCAAUUUAUCAGAAUGUCCAACGAAAAUACAGAGGAUUCUGGAGAACCCUACGUCAUUGUGAAGUUUCUGAAUGAAUUUAAUGAAAAAGGAGAAGUGUUAAUUGAAAUGGUGCCAUCAUCGUGGACUUUUUUGGCCCCAGAUGAUCAGUGGAAGUGCAAAUGGCCAGAAAAGGAGACAAAAUGCAUGGACGCAAUGAUUAAGGCAUUGCAUCUCCCUGCUGCUGAUUGGCCAUCUUUUGCCAUUGGAAAAUUAACAUACGCAGAAUCUUACGAGCAGGCAAAACGUCGACUAAAGCGUGCCUACAAUAAAAGUACCGGAUUAGAAUCCACUGACUCUGAGUGCUCGCAGAAUAGGCCUGUUAUCAUGACGAAGGAUAUGGUAGAAGAAAUCCUUGGAAAGGAACGAUCUCCUCUGUUAUCUUCUGUGGCAGAAGAGACAAUCACUGAAAUUCAUCAGGAGGAAAGUACAGAGAUUCAGAACUCAGUUCGAAAUCACGACGAAUCAGAUUUGGCACUGACUACUAAUGUUAAUCGAAAUCUGGGCAAUGGUGGAUUAAAUACUUCAGAAUGUCAAGAAAAUAACGUCCAAGAUGUUAAUGAGAAACUUGAGAUCUUACGCGCACAAGCCAAUACAGAAUUAAAAGAAUUCAUAACAGAAUACAUCGAUGCAACGACCAAAGUUAUUCUGCAAACCUUGUCCAGUGUCAAACGCAGUUUGCAAUAUGACAUAGAAACGAAGUUUGCUAAUUUAACGACCUCUUCGAAUGCUAAGACGACUGUUGGUAGACAAGGCAGGGAUUCUGUGCAUGCUAUUCUGGAGGUUCCAUUACCGAUUCCUACACUGGAGGACUUUUUGAAAUUCGAGGAAAGUCUUCGAAUAGAAAGUGUGGAGAAUCAGGAUCAGAGGCAGAAGGCACUGAAGAAACAGCAGACUCUGAUAAAUUUCUUCGAAAGUAUUACCCAAGAUUCGAGAAGCUAUGAGUCGGACAUCAAAACAAUCCUGGGAACGCUACUUUCGCAGGCUGUACAAAUCAAGUACAGUGCUAUGGGAAAACAAGUGCGAGGUAUUGGGAAACUGAAGUUUGUGACUACCAGAACAUAUUUAUGCAUGGAAGAAAUGCUCAAUAUAAAAUACGAGAAUGGUAACGAUACACGUAAAAUGGUCAGUGUCACUAGUCGCUGGUUGUCUGGAGCUGUAUACAGAGAAGGUGGCUCUGCAGAACGAAAGAAUAAAAAAACGCAGGAAUGAAUACGCUUUUUUCAUUACUUUUAGUUUGUUGUACCAAAUAAUAGUAUAAGUCUCCAAAAUCCAAAAGGUAUUCCAAAUAUUAAAGAAAAAAUAUAAGACAGUUAAGCAUAAAAAAUGUAAAAAGAAAAUAUUCUAUUUUUUAUGAAAAAAUGUGAAUGUGAUUUGUUGACGGAAAAAAAAUAAAGCCAUAUAUGUAUGAAGUUACAA